AGUUGAGAAGGCGUGGCUCCGCGAGGCUGACAUAGAUAGCUAGCUACAUACGCCAGUAUGAUGGAAUCUACAGCAAGCGCCGCAGACGACUACUUUAAAGCUGUUGAGGAUGGUGAUUUGAAAAAGAUAAAGGAAAUACUCACAGAGGGGAGAGUCCAAGCGGGAACCAGUAACAAGGAUGGUCACCAAGCUGUUCACAUUGUCAUUAGAAGAGGACACAUUGAAAUAGUAGAAUACCUGCUGGAUGAGGAGGGAGUGAGUCCUAGGGCUGUAGUGAAGGUCGGUGUCUAGAAUUAUACUGCCGCAUCAAUGGAUGAACACACAAUUGUAUAUUAUAUUAUACAUACAGGAUGCUGGUGAGUUAAUCCAUCUCGCUGUAGGCAGAAAUCAACUGGAUAUUGUCACCAAACUGAUUGAAAAGUACGGUGUUGAUCCGUCGCUGCCUUCACAGGUUAUUGCCGGCCUCCAGCCAGUGCACAUGGCAGCAUUGAUGGGUCAUAUUGACAUACUCAGGUAUCUUGCCUCACUACCUACUGUUGACCCUUCUGCAAAGUCAAACAAGGUCGACCUUCAACCUUUGCACUGUGCAUGCCAGGCAGGUCAGACAGAGGCCGUCAAAGUACUUAUUGGAGAGUUUCAAGUCAACCCCAACGCCACUGCUGAGGGUGGUCUCCAACCAAUCCACUUUGCAACUAUGAAAGGCCACAUUGACGUCAUUAAAGCAUUGGUGGAUGAUUUUGGUGUUGAUCCUAACUCAAGGAGUGAAGGAGUCCUGCCUCCAGUGCUAAUGGCCCAGUUUGGCAACAACUGGAAGGUUCUUGAACUACUCACAGAAAGAUAUGGCUGCACCAUUAAUAUGUCAGUUCUUUCACAUGUGCAGCAAACACAGGCACCAGCACAAUUCUACACAGGAAUGGUAGUGACGAGUAAACCCAUGCCUGCAGUAAUUUCUGAAACAAAGCCGGAUCUGGAUAUGCCGCUGAUUCUCAAGGCUGCUUACUUCGGGGAAAUUGACACUAUCACAGAUUUGAUCAAGGGCAAAGGCAUGGACCCACGUCUGACUAAUAGUGAAGGGACCCAGGCAAUCCACAUUGCUGCAAGAGCAGGACAUUUACCCAUAGUGAAGGCACUAGUAGAACACCAUGGUGUCCCACCAGAUGCACGUAACAAUGUUCGACUGACACCCCUUCACAUGGCAGCAUGUUAUGGCCACGUUGAUGUAGCUAAAUACCUGGUAAUGGAGUGCAAAGUACCAAUUGAACCUGUAGCACAGGAUGGAACCAAUCCAAUUCAUUUGGCCUCUCUUCAGGGACAGCUAGAGAUGGUCAGAGCUCUCAUAAGAAUGGGGUCUAGUGCGGCAACAUGCACAGAGAAUGAGCUCUGCUGGCAGCCCAUUCACUUUGCCUGUGGACAUGGUCACAAAGAGCUGCUUUGUGAGCUUGUCGACAAUCAUGGAAUGGAUCCCAAUGUAGGAGAUGGAGAUGGUAGUCCACCAUUACACACGGCCAUUAGUGGAAACCAUGGAGAGAUUGUUCAGUUGUUGAUCAAGAAAUACAAUGCCAGCCCCACUGAUGCUGCUACUAACAGUGAAUUGACUCCUGUACAUAUCUGUGCUCAAUAUGGGUGUGUUGAUAUUCUAAACUGGCUGUGUGAGGAGCAGGGAGCAGACCCUACCGUAUCAGUAACGAGUGGUUUUCAGCCUAUUCACCUUGCUGCAAAAUAUGGACAGAUUGAAAUGCUUCGCUUGUUGGUCCAAAAGUACCACAUCGACCCUAACACACCAGUAAUUGAAGAGGAUCGUCUUAUUCAUAUUGCUGCCAUGCAUGGACAGUGUGAUAUGGUGAAAUAUCUAAUCACUGAGCAUGGAGUUGACCCUACAUCUACCGCAAAGAAUGGAUUGCAGCCAAUUCACCAUGCGGCUCAGGAAGGUCACGAAGAGGUGGUAAGAAUGCUCAUAGAGGACUUCCACGUAAAACCUGAUUCGACCAGCAAUGAUGGUUUCCAGCCAAUUCACGGUGCUUGUUUCAAAGGCCAUGAAAAAGUACUGAGACUGCUUGUUGAAGUUUUUGGAGCUAGUCCAACUGCUCGCUUAGAGGAUGGCUCACGACCCAUUCAUUUUGCAAAGACCCCAAGGAUACUUGACAUUCUGAUUGAUGAAUAUCAUUGCGACCCUUAUGAGAAGAAAGAGGAUGGUGUACAACCUAUUCACAGUGCUACAAUAUACGGCAACCUUGAUAAUUUGCAACAUCUGAUAGUCAAGUACAAAGUGGACCCAAGAAGCCCAGGAAAUGAGGGUAUCCAGGCAAUCCACCAUGCUGCAAUCGCUGGUAAUGCAGAGAUACUGACUUCUCUGAUUGAUCAUUUUGGAGUCGACCCACAAGUCAAGGCAGAUUCAGACAUACAGCCACUGCACUAUGCUGCAUUGGCCGGUCAAUUACAAAUAAUUCAACUCUUGAUUGAGGUGUACAAUGUCCCUGCAGAUACAACUGCGACGGAAGGAUCUCAGCCUAUCCACUAUGCCGCCUUCCAAGGCCAGACUGAGGCAAUAGAGCUGUUGGUAGACAAGUAUGGAGUUGACCCUGGAGUACUCUCUGAGGAUGGCACUAGACCCAUUGCUGUUGCUGUAAAAGCAGAACAAAUUGAAGCGGUUGAACUACUGAAGUACAAGUAUAACCAAACUGAACCAACUCCAGAGGAGCUAGAGGCAUUGGCCAAAGACCAGUAGCUAACAUUGAUUCAUAAAGAGAUUUUAUUUCGAAUUGGGCUAGUGAAGCAAGCCUCACAUCCACUGUGUGUCAGUUCUGACUCCAUUUGUUUGUAUUAGCUUACAGAAUUUUCCACAAUGCACCUCAUCUAAAAGUUAUUCAUCCCUCAUAAAGAACUGUUCAUACGGCAUCGUGACGCAGAUCACGAUCAGAUGGGUGUCAAUGUUGAAAAGACCGAUUAGGCUCUACAAAACACGCGGCUUUAAUAAUUAUUUUGACCACUAAACAUUUUAUGGUUUAUAAAUGGCAUAUAUAUCCUGUUUGUAUGAGCACACGAGUGCUCUGAAGUUUCAGUGUUAACUAACUAAUAUUGACAGCAAUGC